AUGCCUAAGUUAGUCCUAGUUAGACACGGUCAAUCCGAAUGGAACGAGAAGAACCUAUUCACCGGCUGGGUGGACGUUAAGUUGUCCGCUGUCGGCGAGCAAGAGGCUGCCAGAGCUGGUGAGCUAUUGAAGGAGCACAAUGUCAACCCAGACAUUCUUUUCACCUCGAAGUUGACCAGAGCCAUCCAGACCGCCAACAUUGCGUUGACCAAGGCCGACAGAAUAUGGAUCCCAGUCGAGCGUUCGUGGAGACUAAACGAGAGACACUACGGUGACCUACAGGGCAAGGACAAGGCUGCCACCUUGGCCGCAUUCGGCGAGGAGAAGUUCAACACGUACAGAAGAUCCUUCGACGUUCCUCCUCCACCUAUUGCGGACGACUCUGAGUUCUCGCAGAGCAACGAUGAGAGAUACAGAGACGUGGACCCAAACGUCUUGCCUAAGACUGAGUCUUUGGCCUUGGUCAUCGACAGACUGUUGCCUUACUGGCAGGACACCAUCUCCAAGGAGUUGUUGAGCGGCAAGACUGUUAUGAUCACUGCCCACGGUAACUCGUUGAGAGGUUUGGUCAAGCACCUAGAGGGCAUCUCUGACGCCGACAUCGCCAAGCUAAACAUCCCUACCGGUAUCCCAUUGGUGUUCGAGCUGGAUGAGAACUUGAAGCCAACCAAGCCAUCCUACUACUUGGACCCAGAGGCCGCUGCCGCCGGUGCUGCUGCCGUUGCCAACCAAGGUAAGAAAUAG